UCUCCUUAAAAUAGAUUUUAAUUUAAAAUGGAUAACCAGUAUCAUGCCAAAAAAUAGAACAAAAACACCACAACAAAUACAAGGAAAAUUCAACUACAUCCCCCAAAUCUCACUAGACUCCAUUGCUUGCUCAAGGCUCCCUGUCUUUUAAAAAGAGGAGAUUGACAGAUGCUUGGGAGAUGUUUAAGACCCUUUAGCUCCAACAGAAAUUUUCUCCUUGGUGCAAAGAGAAGGAUUGAAGGAGAAUUGAAAACUAAAUAACUCUUGGCAUUUAAGGCUGGGUUCAGGUGCCACCUGACUAGCCCUCAAGGGUCGUAUGUGGCACCACGUGGAACAGCAAUAUAUAAAACAAUGCCAUUUACAUACAUGAAAAAUACACAUAUACUGAACAAUAUUGAUUUUGCAAAAAUACCUCCAUGCAAAAAGAUACACAUUAAAUAAUGGUCAGGGAUUGGGAGGAGAUAGCUGAUGGGCAGGGUGGUUGCUAGAAACACAGCAUCUGUGUGGGAUUUCGGAAAAGGUGCUCCCUCUGGGUAGAAGCAGACCUUUUGGAAAGUGCAAGCCUUGAUGGGCAGAGCGAAUGAAUGAAGGAAUAAAUGAAUGAAUGAAUGAAACAUGAGAGGGGGCUUGCAUGGACCAGUGAUGAUCAUUUCCCAUGAGGACUGGUUGUGCUCCAAGGUCUGUUUAAGCACUAACAUUCAUUCUAAAAUUUGGAAUUUCGACUUCCAGAACUUGUUAGGGAAAAGACCCACCCUCACCCCAGUUAUUAACACCUCCAAGUGCAUCCCAGGGUGAAGGGAGACUAAUGACCUGUGAUCUGAAGACAGGACCAGAUCCCUGGCUGGCGGAGGAGGGGGGACACCUUUGCCAGCCCCUGUUUCUCUCCUUCCACUAAUCUUGUCCCUUGAUCUCUAGGUCACUGACAUUCCCUGAUGGUGGGCAGCGUGUGGGCAGCUCUGGGGCUUUCCCUAACCUGCAUCUCAGCCCUCAGCCUCAUCUCUCCUGCCUGGUUCCAGACCACCACCUUCUCCUUUGGUGUCCUCACCUACUGCUCCUGGCCUCAGGGUAACAGCUGGAACCAGAGCUGUGGGACCUUCAGGUCCCUGGAUGAUAUUCCUGACUUUGCCUGGAAGGUCUCAGCUGUGACGCUCCUUGGAGGCUGGCUCCUACUGGCCUUCAAUGCAAUUCUCUUCCUGUCCUGGGCCUUAGCCCCCAAAGGGCUGUGCCCAAGGAGGGGCAGUGGCCCAAUGCCAGGGCUGCAGGCAACAGCAGCCAUCGCCACCAUUGUGGGCCUGCUGGUUUUCCCGAUCAGCUUGGCCUCCCCAUUUGCCAAGGAAGCCUGCUUAGCCUCCUCUGUGUACCACAGUGGUCAGUGCCGGCUGGGCUGGGGCUAUGUGACUGCCAUCUUCCACGCAGUCCUGGCCAGCCUCCUGCCCAUGUUCAGGUGGCUCCACGUGACCGAGGUCCAGCGGAGGACCAUCCUCUUCUCCAGUGACACUGACAGCAUCAUCCUCGUGCCAGAAAUGAGCAAAUAAAAAUAUCUCAGGAGAAGCAAAAAGAGCCCAUGCAACAGUUGUAUG